CAUGUUAACAUUUAAAGCAUUUUAGCUCUUAGUAAGUUUUAUGGCCCAUCUAUUUACUCUUUUUAGCUAGUUAUCUUUUCUAUAUCCUUUUUCUUGAUUUUUUAGUCUAGAUUGGCUGCAAGUUGCACAUUAUUUUACCUAAAGAUAUUGAUAGUUAUCAUUAAAAUUUGUUUUAAAAAAUGGCAGGUAUUUUGACUUCUCAUAUAUUGUUUUAAAAAUUAUUUAAUGUAAAUUUUGCCUGUUCCAUUACACUAUAUUCCCUAUGCAUUUUAUGCAUUGGAAGCUAACUUUCUUUUUUCCUCUUGAGGUAGUCAAAAGAGAAUCUUGAAGAAUAAGAUCUCAAGAUGAGUAAAAAGCCCCCCAAUCGUCCUGGAAUCACUUUUGAGAUUGGUGCUCGUUUGGAGGCACUGGACUACUUACAAAAAUGGUAUCCAUCACGAAUUGAGAAAAUUGACUAUGAGGAGGGCAAGAUGUUAGUCCAUUUUGAACGUUGGAGUCACCGUUAUGAUGAAUGGAUUUACUGGGAUAGCAAUAGGUUGAGGCCCCUUGAAAGACCUGCACUAAGAAAAGAAGGUCUAAAAGAUGAGGAAGAUUUCUUUGAUUUUAAAGCUGGAGAAGAAGUUCUGGCUCGCUGGACAGACUGUCGCUAUUACCCUGCCAAGAUUGAAGCAAUUAACAAAGAAGGAACAUUCACAGUUCAGUUUUAUGAUGGAGUAAUCCGUUGUUUAAAAAGAAUGCAUAUUAAAGCCAUGCCUGAGGAUGCUAAAGGGCAGGUGAAAUCCCAGCAUCCACUAAGCUGGUGUUGUCCUAUCGACCCAGCUGGAUCGUGUAACCAGUCUAUGGGAAGUGAGGAUUGGAUAGCAUUAGUCAAAGCAGCUGCUGCAGCCGCAGCCAAGAAUAAAACAGGGACUAAACCUCGAACCAGUGCUAACAGCAAUAAAGAUAAAGAGAAAGAUGAGAGAAAGUGGUUUAAAGUACCUUCAAAGAAAGAAGAAACUUCAACUUGUGUAGCCACACUAGAAGUUGAGAAGAAGGAAGAUCUACCUACAUCUAGUGAGACAUUUGUAGGACUUCAUGUAGAGAACGUUCCAAAGAUGAUCUUUCCUCAGACAGACUGCACAUUAUCAAACAAGAGGAAAAAUAAUCAAGGCAACUCAUUUCAGGCAAAGAGAGCUCGACUUAACAAGAUUACUGGUUUGUUGGCAUCCAAAGCUGUUGGGGUGGAUGGUGCUGAAAAAAAAGAAGACUACAAUGAAACAGCUCCAAUGCUGGAGCAGGCGAUUUCACCUAAACCUCAAAGUCAGAAAAAAAAUGAAGCUGACAUUAGCAGUUCUGCCAACACUCAGAAACCUGCACUGUUAUCCUCAACUUUGUCUUCAGGGAAGGCUCGCAGCAAGAAAUGCAAACAUGAAUCUGGAGAUUCUUCUGGGUGUAUAAAACCCCCUAAAUCACCACUUUCCCCAGAAUUAAUACAAGUCGAGGAUUUGACGCUUGUAUCUCAGCUUUCUUCUUCAGUGAUAAAUAAAACUAGUCCUCCACAGCCUGUGAACCCCCCUAGACCUUGCAAACAUAGUGAGCGGAGAAGAAGAUCUCAGCGGUUAGCCACCUUUCCCAUGCCUGACGACUCUGUAGAAAAGGGUUCUUCUCCCUCUCCAGCUGCUGAUGGGAAAGUAUUCUCUGUCAGUUGUCAAAGUCAGCAAGCGUCUUCAGAACCACAGGUGCCUGAUAUUGCACAUGUGCCACUUGAGAAGCUGGGACCCUGUCUCCCUCUUGACUUAAGUCGUGGUUCAGAAAUUGCAACACCAUUAGCCCCAGAUUCCUCUUACCAUAAUGAAUGCUCCAGGGCAGAAAAGGAAGAUACACAGAUACUUUCAAAUCCUUCCUCCAAAGCAGUAACUGAUGCAAGAGGAGCUUCUACAGCAGGAAUAUCGAAAACAGAAAAAAAAGUGAAAUUGGAAGAAAAAAGCUCAACUUCAUUUGGUAAGAGGAAAGAAAAGGAUAAGGAACGAAAAGAGAAGAAAGAGAAAGAUCACUACAAACCAAAGCAGAAGAAGAAGAAGAAAAAGAAAAAGAAAUCUAAGCAGCAUGACUAUUCAGACUAUGAAGACAGUUCCCUAGAAUUUUUGGAAAGGUGCUCUUCUCCACUAACUCGAUCUUCUGGGAGUUCUCUCGCUCCACGAAGCAUGUUUACGGAGAAAACUACAACUUAUCAGUACCCAAGGGCAAUUCUGUCCGUUGAUCUUAGUGGUGAAAACUUGUCAGAUGUGGAAUUCCUAGAUGAUUCUUCAACAGAGAGUUUACUUCUGAGUGGGGAUGAAUACAAUCAGGACUUCGAUUCAACCAAUUUUGAGGAAUCUCAGGAUGAAGAUGAUGCUCUUAAUGAGAUUGUGCGAUGUAUUUGUGAAAUGGAUGAAGAAAAUGGCUUCAUGAUCCAGUGUGAAGAGUGUCUGUGCUGGCAGCACAGUGUGUGCAUGGGGCUGUUAGAGGAGAGCAUUCCAGAACAGUACAUUUGCUACAUCUGCCGGGACCCUCCAGGUCAAAGGUGGAGUGCAAAAUACCGUUAUGAUAAGGACUGGUUGAAUAAUGGAAGAAUGUGUGGGUUAUCCUUUUUAAAAGAAAAUUACUCUCAUCUCAACGCAAAAAAGAUAGUUUCCACACAUCAUCUGCUUGCCGAUGUGUAUGGUGUAACAGAAGUGCUGCAUGGGCUACAGCUGAAGAUCGGGAUACUGAAGAAUAAACAUCAUCCUGACCUUCAUCUAUGGUCUUGUUCUGGGAAGCGAAAAGAUCAAGAUCAAGUAAUAGCUGGAGUGGAGAAAAAAAUAACAGUUCGGGACACAGUUAAUGUAGAAGAAAAGAAACAUGUACAGAACCACAAAGAACCACCUCAUUUUCCCCUAAAAAUAGAAGGAACUUACAUAACAAGUGAGCAUAGCUAUCAGAAGCCACAAAGUUUUGGUCAGGACUGCAAAUCUCACGUGGACCCUGGGAGCUCAGAUGAUGAUGAUGUUAGCAGUUUUGAAGAAGAACAGGGAUUCCACCUUGGAGACAAGAGCCAUUUCCGGUACUCCACAAAAGAGUCUGGAAUGCCAGAAAAGAACCCAGUUUCAGGGAAUAAGGCAUCUUUUUAUAAUGAUAAAAAGAGCACUGAGAACCCAGGAGACUCACAUCUUCAGUGGCAGCUCAAUCUCCUUACACAUAUAGAAAAUGUGCAGAAUGAAGUCACCAGCAGGAUGGACCUCAUAGAAAAAGAAGUGGACGUUUUGGAAAGCUGGCUUGAUUUUACAGGGGAGUUGGAGCCACCAGAUCCCCUUGCAAGACUGCCCCAACUUAAACGUCACAUAAAACAGCUCUUAAUUGACAUGGGCAAAGUACAACAAAUAGCAACUCUUUGCUCUGUAUGACAACAGUGAACACCUAAUCACAAAAGUGUGUCUGUCUUCAGUGGAAUCAUUUUUAUUAUCCACAUGGUUGCUAAGUGUAUCGUUAAGAAGCUUAGUAAUGCUUGGUCAUUUACUGAUUUGUGAUAUCAAUUGGAUGGCACCUUGGAAGAAAAAUGAAGAACAACUUUAUCACAGAAGCUAAUAUUAAAAAUGUCUGAGCAAGCAGCAAAUGAAGUUUUCUGUGCCAAGGAUCAAUGGAGUAGGAUAUAAUCUAUACUAAGGGAAUCAAAUUGGCAGGAUUUUUGAUUAGUUGUUUAUAUGAAGCUCAAGAUACUUUUAGAAAGAAAUUUGGUGUGUUUUAUAUAGCUUUUAGUAGAAAGAUCCAUGUUUAUUACCCAGCAUUUGGCCAAAAAAUGAAAACUGUUAUGGAAAUUUAAAUUCUGGAGAGUUCUACAAGGUUGCUGUAGGAAUUGCCUUCUCAGCAGUUGGAUCCAGCUGCACGGAAAUUUAGGUUAUUUAAACUUCCAUAGGAUCAUGAGCUGUUUCUUGGGUGAUGAAUGUAUUUAAUCAGAAAACUGACAGUAGAAGUCUCACUUUUGAAAAAAACAGUUGUGGAAUUCUGACUUCAUUAUGAAUGUAUUUAAAAAAACAAACACCAAAUAAUUGGAAUUUAUUGCAGGCAUUAAGCUCAUUAAAAAAAAACAAACUGGCUUGCAGAAAGGUCCAGUGUGCCAAAUGCUGAUGAUACUGCUUGGACAGAGGAUUUAAAUACUGUGGGAGUUUUCCCACCUGAAGUCCUACAUAGUGCCAUCAGUCCAUCCAAAACCUACAUGUCACAUAUACUAUAUGUAUCAUAUAUAUAGUUGAAUGGCAGUAUUCAGGCUUCAACAUACAGUUUGAUCCUGGAUAAGCUUGGUGUUUGCCUUCAGAAAAAAGUUAUAAAUAUCCUCAGCUGGGAUGAGGAGUGAAAAAAUAUCAAAAUAAUUUGUGGCUGUGGAUUUUUUUAAUUGCUAGUAGUGGAAUACUGGAAAAGCUUCAUUUCUGAAGAUGAAUUUUAUUUUUUAAAAAUACAUGCACACUCAAAACUCUUAGCUUUGAUCGCAAAUGGACAGAUGUCUGAAACCAAAGGCAACUAAGUUGCUGUCUUAGCUCUUGCUGGAUUUUGAGCCUAGGUCCUACUGUCUGCCAGUCCUCAUGUGAGUUGUAUACUCCCCCAGUGCUACAUACGCAGGUAUGCGUAAGUGUGUAUGCUUGUUUUAAACACUCAACGUACAUAUGUACAUAAUCAACAUAUUUAUAUCACACAUAUCUAGUUUUAUUACUAUAGACUCUACAAAUUGGUGGUUAACAUGAAAUGUUACCUUUUAACAGACUGUUUUUAAAAAUUAAAAAUGUAUGUACAGGUUUUGAAAAUUUUUAAAGGGGGAAAAGACUGUUAAGAGGAGGCUAUUUGAUGACAUAUAACACUUGAAUAUUUUAUGCCUCAUUCUGUUUAUCAGUUCUAGCGAUCUGUAUAAAUGCAUUUUAGAACUGAUAGACAGUGAACUUGAAUUUAUCUUUGAUAAGAAUACAUGCCACUGUACAUUCAGAUAUUAUUUAAAUUUGCAAACACACUGUUCUAUAUGUAAGGUACUGUAUGUAAAACUCUUUAUUAAAACUAUUCCACCUGUCCUAAAAUUUCAGCUUGCCUUUUUGCGGCCUUAUUUUUGACUUAAAGAUUAAAAGAAUGUGCAAAAUGAUCAAAUUUUUAUUUUUUGAGAUUUUCCAACUUGACAAAUGUGCCAAAGAUCAACAAACAUAAGUCCUGUGUAUUUACUUGUAAUACAUAAACUUUGCCUAAGAUCUUACUGGUAAAUGAAAAGCUUUAGCAGAGGUCAUAUUGUGGGGUAGUUGCUUAAAUUUGCUUAUUAAAGUAAAAAAUAGUGCCUAUAUUCCAUGUGUGGAGUAAAUUUGCUAGUGUCUGUGUUUCAAGAUUGAUACAAUGUCUUUGAUUUAUGCUGAAAAAUAAUGUCUAAUAU